GAGUGAACCGGCCCUGAUGAGAAGACGCGUCGCGACGAAGUGGGAUACGUAUGAUCUGGGCGCGUAAUUAUCAUCUAUGUUGUCGGCGGAGCUAACUGUGAUCCACUUCCAAGACGAGUGAAAUUACAUUGCAUCCCUGUGACGCGGCAAUAGUCCAUGUGACGCGUGUUGUUUGCUUCGUGAGAAUGUUUGUGUUCAAUAAAUUAUUCUGAGAUUUGUGUUAUUCCUCAGCACAGUGGUACAACUGCGGGCAAUUGCACUGAUCGCUGAUUUCAUUGUAGGAUUGUCUAAUAUGAAAUAAAUAUGACUCAUAACCAAAGAAGUCCUGGUCCAAUUCCCGAAAGAUGGUUAAAUUGUCCGAGAAAAUCGUCAGCUUUGGUGGCUGGCAAGUUCCUAGCAUUUAAAACUCCAUUGUCUGAUAAAUUCAAUGAUCAGAUACCUGAGCACUGUCGAUUCAACACCAACUUUCUAUUUGAUGUUGUUAAAAGUUACAAGUGGAAAAUAGGGCUAUGGAUUGACUUGACCAAUACGAGUCGAUUCUAUGACAAAGAAGAUGUUGAAAAAGAGGACUGCAAGUAUUUAAAAUUACAGUGCAGAGGUCAUGGCGGAGCACCCAAUGAAGAGCAAACGCAAACAUUUAUAAAAGUCUGUCAUCAAUUUAUUACAUACCAUCCUCUUGAAAUUAUAGGUGUUCAUUGUACUCAUGGGUUUAAUAGAACAGGUUUCCUUAUCAUUUCAUAUUUGGUAGAAAAAAUGGACUGUAGUGUGGAAGCUGCUGUAACACAAUUUUCUUCAGUGAGACCCCCUGGCAUAUAUAAGAAAGAUUACUUAGAAGAACUAUUUAAAAAAUAUGAUGAUGUUAGAUAUGCCCCUGCUGCUCCAGAACUCCCAGACUGGUGUACAGAAAGUGACGAUGGAGACCGAGAUGUGGAAGAUUCUGAAGAUGGUGUCAUACAUAAUGAAGAGAGAUCAUCUGGAGGUGCACGAAGAAAAGAAUUCAAAAAGAAAAAUCCCACUUUCAUGGUAGGAGUACCUGGUGUAACACCUGUGACGGAUUCCCAAAAACUUCACUAUGUUCAAAGGAGAGUUCAGGACAUGUGUGCCUGGAAGAGUUCAGGAUUUCCUGGCUGUCAGCCUGUUUCCAUGGACAACGCAAAUAUCAGGCUGUUGCAUGAGAAGCCAUACAAAGUUUCAUGGAAAGCAGAUGGUACAAGAUACAUGAUGCUGAUAUCAAAAGAGAACGAAGUAUUUUUCAUUGAUCGAGACAACUGUGUCUUCCAAGUUUCUGGUCUUACUUUUCCGCAUCGAAAGAAUCCUAGUAGGCAUCUUAGGGAUACCUUACUGGAUGGGGAAAUGGUUAUUGACAAAGUUGAUGGGAAAGACAUUCCGCGGUACCUGGCAUAUGAUAUCAUCAGAUUUGAAGGCCAAGAUGUGGGCAGUCAAACUUUUGACCCUAUUCGAUUGACUUGUAUUGAUAAAGAAAUUGUGCAACCGCGACGAAUGGCCAUGGGAGAAGGUCGGAUAAAUAGAACAAUGGAGCCAUUCAGUAUUCGCUUAAAGCAGUUUUGGGAUGUUACACAAGCUGGCAGUCUACUUAGUGAAAAGUUUGCUAAAUCUCUUUCGCAUGAACCCGAUGGAUUGAUAUUUCAACCCGCAAAAGAUCCGUACUCUGCUGGUCAGUGUAAGGAAGUUCUGAAAUGGAAACCUUCAAGUCUUAAUUCUGUGGAUUUCAAGCUGAAGAUUGUGACAGAAGUGGGUGAAGGGAACGAACGGUGGGCAGCUUAGAAGCCAGUCACUGUAAGCUGCAGAAGAUUGUGUGUGCUAUGUUGCUGUUUUAUGUGAUAUUGUUUCAUGAAUGAGUGUGUUGUUGCCAGGCCAAUUUGCCUCAUUGAGAUUAACAAUCAUCCUCCAAAAGGUAGAAGAAUCAACCUCUAAACAUGAAAUGCUGCAAUAAACUCUCAAAAUGGAAUUAGAGCAGCAAAUUCUGCAGAACUCCUUGACAUAACUUAUCUAUUUUAUUUACAAACAUGACUGCAUUCCUACUCAGACAUAUUUGAAUUGCUGAUUGAUGUGAAGAUUAUAAUGGAUCCAUUAUAUUUGUUCCUUAUAUUCUAAAGUAUCACAAUAGUAUUGUGUAAUUUCUUGCUCCUGGAAUUUCAGUAGAAUGCUGAUAAUCCAGACUUCAUUUUGUUGGAUGUUAUGAUUAAAAAAUUAUAACUCAUUUUGGGCAAAACAUUAAUUCAAAAUAAUUUAAAUAGUGAUUUCUUCUUAAUUAUUGUUUUGUGGUUCAAUCUUGAGGAAUUUUGGUUUUAAUGUUGUAAAAGACUUUUCUUUUCUUUUUUUUUUUAAAUAAAGUCUACUUUUAUUUUUGUCAACUUGUAAUUUAUUUUGUGCCUUAGUUUAUGUCAUUUGUUUGUCUUGUAUUAUUGGAAGGAUUAUUGACAUUCUACUGUUAGCUAACGUUCCUUAAAAAUAUAAUUUAAGAAAAAUGUCAUCUCUGGUAUGUUCUUUGGAAAUAAUUUGUACUUACUUUUUAGGUGUCGAUUCCAAAUAUUUUAAGUGUUUAAAAACAAACAAAAGAUCCAAAUAUGCUAUUUUUAAAUCUAAGGUGUAUCAAACUGUUUGAAAGUUCCUCGUUUUAUACAUACAUGCUAGAAUUCCAAAUGUCAUAGGUUUCAUGUGUUUGAUACAUCAGAGAUUAUUGGUUUGGUAUAGAAUUCUUUUCGGAAUACCUAUUCUGAGCAACUUGUGAAUUUUUCAUUGUGUAGAAAGCGAUAACUGGGUACCAUUACACAUGAGAGUUGCUUAUGGAUGUAUAAUUGAGGAAUCAUGAACAUUUAUGUUGAUUUAAUCAUGUGAAACUGCGUGUAACUUAACACGUGUAAGACAUCAGCACAUACUAUUAGUAAACAAUACAGUAAACAGUAUUAUGUAUGCAACAUUUGAUGCGAAUUCUUCCAUCUCAUGUUCUCAAGUUUCACCAAUCAUUCUUGGUGAAUAUCUAGUUAAACACAAAAAAAUAGUAUGUGUAGGGCUUAUCUACAAAACAUUUAGCAGUUCUCAGGGUGUAGAAAAACAGUGUUUCUAUGACAAACAUUUGAUUUUUUAAUUUUACUGUGUCAAAUGAAAAAAACUAGUAUGGAUUUUGUUAGUAUUCAAAUAUGUAUGUACAAAACUAGUAUGGAAUGUGCCUCCAAAUGUAGAGUGGUUAAUUAUUAGUGUUUUACUAUAAUAUCAGCAUUUAAUGGGCAAAAAUUUAAUUAUCUGAAACUUCUGAUUGAAAAUUGCUUUGAUAAUUUGAUAUUUGAAUUGAACCCAUUUCUCUGGCAUCAGUUGAAAACUUACACUUUGGAAUAAAUGCUGCCUGCCAUUAAUUUUUUAACCAAUUAGGUCAUAUUUCAACUGAUUACAAGCUUUAUAAAAUGGGAUGUUCAAAUGCUCAAAAUAUAUUUCUCUAGAAAAUUGUGAUGUGAGUAAUUUGGCACUUUAAUAACUUUUCGUUCUGUGCGAUGAUGGAAUAAUAUAUUGUUGAAUCGUGUACAGCAUAUUUAUCUUAAAGACUGAGCACUAAAUAAAAUUAAAGACAAUGAUGUUCAUAGAUUUUAUUUGCUGUUAUUGUCUGUAUAAUUAAAAGCAAGAUUAAUAGAGCAAUAUUAAAUUAGUGGCACAGAGUUGUGUAAUUAGAAAGUUUGUAGCAUAUAUUUAAUUGAUAUUGUGAAUUGAUCUGCUUAAUGUUGUGUGAGACAUAGAUAAGUUUGUAGUCGAAUAAUAUAUUUAAAAGAUUAUUAUAUUCAUUCAGACAGUUCUUUCAUUUUUUACUGUAAUCUGUGACUAUUUUUUUCUGCCAGUGAUGUUCAGAAAGUUCCAUAUCUUUAAAGAGUUUCUGUGGUGUCAUUUUUACGCUAAUAUUUAACAAAAAGUAAAGACUAUUACUUUCAUGUGAAUUUUAAUUCAGUAUCCUAAAGAUGGAUUCAUUUUAUAGUUGGUGAUUUUUUUCCUAUCAGCUGAAAUUUAAAUGAAGCAUUUUUAAUUAUUUUUUUUAUUUAUUGAAACUACCAUUCUAUUCAUUUCUCCAGCUUC